ACACAAAAGAGUGUCUUCAAAACCACAACUGUAGCGAGAACGCCAACUGUUAAAAUACCGAGGGAUGUCACAACUGCUCUUGCUAUCUUGGAUUCAGCGGGGAUGGACAUAAAUGCGAGGUUAAUAUGGACUACUGAUUUCAUUUCACACAUUGACGAGUGUUCUCAAAACGGCCACAACUGCAGCAAUAAAACUUCCACUUGUAACAAUUCCGAGGGUUCAUUCAAGUGCAUUUGUAAACCAGGAUUCAGUGGUGAUGGAGACAACUGCACAGACAUCGAUGAGUGUGUUAACAAUACCCAUAACUGCAGCAAGGGCAGCGCCACUUGUACAAACACUGAGGGAUCAUUCAAAUGCUCUUGCAAUCCUGGAUUCACUGGAGAUGGAUAUACUUGCCAAGACAUCGAUGAGUGUGUUAACAAUACCCAUAACUGCAGCAAGGGCAGCGCCACUUGUACAAACACUGAGGGAUCAUUCAACUGCUCUUGUGAUCCUGGAUUCACUGGAGAUGGAUACACCUGCCAAGACAUUGAUGAAUUUGUUCAAGGUACUCACGACUGCAGCAGGGGCAAUGUCACUUGUCUAAAUACCGAGGGAUCGUUCAGCUGCUCUUGUAAAUCCGGAUUCACUGGAGAUGGACACAACUGCCAAGAGAUUGACGAAUGCGCUGGAAAUACCCACCACUGUACCCAUGGAAGUUCCAUCUGUGAAAAUAACAAGGGAUCUUUCAAGUGCGUUUGUAAACCUGAAUUUCAAGGGGCUGGAAACGACUGCGGAGAUCAGUGCCGCAUAUUAGCCUUUCCAUCGACUCUGUUCUUCGUGGGAGAGCGUCUUAUUAACCACACCAUCGAAAACAUCAGUGUGAUUGACAGAGAUACAUGUGAAUAUCGUUGCUACUUGGACUAUAACUGCGUCAGAAAUACACAACUGUGA